CGUGACGGGCCGCGUCACGUGCAGCGCGAGCGCCUCGUCACGUGACGGCGCGCUCCCCCUGCACCAAGCGCCUGUGUCACGUGACCCGCUGUUCGAUUUCUAAUUUCAUCGCCUCGUGAAAUAUUGGCGAUCGAUUUUCAGCAAAGACCGAGCGUUUGAAAGAAAGGCAACGUGUUUAUUGCCGUAGCGUAGAGAUCGCGAGACAAAUCGAUACGCCGCUGCAGGUUCUUCGGGGUGCGGGUUUUGGACCCCCGGGCCUCUGCAGCUCGGCCAGGGAGAGGUGAAGGGGAGCCGGCAGGCUUCGCUAGGCGAGGCCGAGGCUUCGGCCUACACGGGCCGCCUCCGGAUCUCGGGGAGGAGGGAGUCGAGGGCGAACCAUGGUGGACUUCCUCGCCGAGAAUAACCUGUGCGGGCAGGCGAUCCUACGGGUUGUGUCUCGCGGGAACGCAAUCAUCGCCGAGCUGCUGAGGCUCGCCGAGUUCGUGCCGCCCGUGUUCCGCCUGCGCGAACGGGCCGAGGUCGCCAAGUACGGGGAGCUCGUCAGCGACUUCUCAUACUUCAAGACCAGCGAGCUGUUGGAUAGCCGAAUAGAUGCCAAACCUGAGCUGCAAGACCUGGACGAGGAGAUACGAGAGAAUUACAUCGAAAUCCUCACACGCUUCUACUUGGCCUUUGAGAGUGUGCACAAGUACAUUGUGGAUCUCAACAGAUACCUGGAGGAUUUAUCUGAAGGAGUGUACAUUCAGCAAACCCUGGAGAGUGUGCUUCUCAAUGAGGAUGGAAAGCAACUCAUGUGUGAGGCACUCUACUUGUACGGAGUGAUGUUGCUGGUGAUUGAUCAGCGGAUCGAGGGUGAGGUGCGGGAAAGAAUGCUCGUCUCCUACUACAGAUACAGCGGCGCUCGCUCCUCGGCCGACUCGAACAUCGAUGACGUCUGCAAGCUGUUGCGCAGCACGGGGUUUUCGUCGGCGCCUGGCUCGCGCCGCCCGGUCGGGUACCCCGAGAGCUACUUCCAGCGCGUGCCCGUGAGCGAGACGUUCAUCAGCAUGCUCAUUGGACGCCUGCGCUCCGACGACAUCUACAACCAGGUGUCGGCGUAUCCCUUGCCAGAGCAUCGGAGCACGGCGCUUGCCACGCAGGCCGCCAUGCUCUAUGUGCUGCUGUACCUGCAGCCCUCGACGCUGCACACGCAACAGGCCAAGAUGCGCGAGAUCGUCGACAAGUACUUUCCCGACAACUGGGUGAUCAGCGUGUACAUGGGCAUGACUGUGAACCUCAUGGAGGCCUGGGAGCCAUACAAAGCAGCUAAGACUGCACUCAACAACACCCUGGAGCCGGGCAACAUUCGCGAGCAGGCGUGCCGCCACGCACGCAAGCUUGACGGUGUGAUGAAGGAGGUGAGGCAGUACCUGACGGAGGGCGUGCUCACGCAGGAGUUCGUCCUCGACUCCAUCCCCAAGCUGCUGCACUGCCUGCGCGACUGCAACGUCAGCCUGCGCUGGGCCAUGCUGCACGUCGCAGAGUCAGCUUACGACUCCAGCAAUAAGAGGUCCCGGCAGGUGCGAGAGCAGGUGAUGGCUGACUGCAAGUACCGACCGGACACCAUGUUCCAGCUGCUGCUCAACACGGCUCAGCUGGAGUUUCAGCUCAAGGAGAUGUUCCGGCUGAUGCUGGCGGAGAAACAGCUCAAGUGGGAGAGCUUCCGGAGCGAGGCAGCGGAGAGGAUGAUCGAGAUGGCCGAGGUGUUCUCCGGCACCAAGCCGCUCACGCGCGUCGAGAAGAACGAAAACCUCCAGGCGUGGUUCCGGGAGAUGGCCAAGCAGAUCUCGUCGCUGGGAUCGGAGGAUGCCACUGCGGCUGGGCGCAAGACUGUGCAGCUGAUUCAGGCGCUGGAGGAGGUCCAGGUGUUCCACCAGCUGGACACCAACAUGCAGGUGUGCCAAUUCCUGGCGGACACGCGUCGCUUCCUGCACCAGAUGAUUCGCACCAUCAACAUCAAGGAGGAGGUGCUUAUCAGCAUGCAGAUUAUCGGCGACCUCUCCUAUGCCUGGGAAAUCAUUGACAGCUACACUCGCAUUAUGCAGGAGGGCAUCAAGAAGGACCCCUUUAUGGUCACGAGGCUUCGAGCCACCUUCCUCAAGUUGGCGUCUGCACUGGAUCUUCCCCUGCUGAGGAUCAACCAGGCCAACAGCCCAGACCUCAUGAGUGUGUCCCAGUACUACUCGGGCGAGCUUGUCUCCUACGUACGCAAGGUGUUGCAGAUAAUCCCGGAGACAAUGUUUGGCCUCCUGGCCCAGGUGAUCCAGCUGCAGACGCACAACAUUUUGGAGGUUCCGACGCGUCUCGACAAGGACAAACUGCGCGAGUGCGCACAGCUGGAGGCGCGGUACCAGGUGGCCAAGUCGACGCAUGCCAUUUCCGUGUUCACCGAAGGCAUGUUGAUGAUGAAAACCACAUUGGUGGGCAUCAUAAAGGUGGAUCCCAAGCAGCUGCUGGAGGACGGCAUCAGGAAGGAGAUGGUGAAGCAGGUGGCGGCCGCACUGCACACGGGCCUCACGUUCAACCCCAAGGCCAAGUCGAGCGAGCUGAUGCCCAAACUGCACGACUUGGCCGCUCGCAUGGAUGGCUUCCGUCGUUCGUUCGAGUACAUCCAGGAUUACGUGAGCGUGUACGGCCUCAAGAUCUGGCAGGAGGAGGUGUCGCGCAUCAUCAACUACAACGUGGAGCAGGAGUGCAACAGCUUUCUGCGCACCAAGGUGCAGGAUUGGCAGAGCAUCUACCAGUCGACUCACAUCCCCAUCCCCAAGUUCCAGCCCACGGACGAAUCGGCCACCUUCAUCGGACGCCUGUGCCGUGAAAUCCUUCGCAUCACAGACCCCAAAACGACGUCCUACGUGGAUCAGUUGAGCAUCUGGUACGAUGGUCGCACAAAGCAGGAGCUCACAAACAGCCGCCUCUUCUCCGAGGUCCAGAAGAGCCUGGGAACCUUCGGCCUCAAUGGGCUCGACCGUCUGCUGAGCUUUAUGAUCGUUCGGGAGCUGCAGAAUGCGGUCGAGUACCUGCAGAAGAAUGUGCUAAAGGACAAGGUGCUCAUGGACUCGUUUACUGCGUUCAUGAAGACUGCCAACCCCAUCAAGGGCAUACUUGCCAAUGCAAGCAAAGUGUAUUCAUCCGUCACAUCAAAGUCACAGAAAAUCUGGCCUGGCUACAUGGACAUCAUCCUCAAGGUUGGGCAGCUUCAGCUGCUAAGGCGACAGAUGGCUCAUGAGCUCAGCUACUCCUGCAAACUCGACUCCAAGACUCUAUUUGGAGCUCUUAUGACACUUAACAAGGCCCUGCUGGCAGACGUGCAGGCCCACUACGCUGAGCCGAGCCGCCCGUACCCACGAGAGGACAACCCCCUGCUCUUCGAGCUCACCUCUUACCUGGAGGCGGCGGGGAUAAACAACCCUCUGAACAAGAUUUACAUCACAACCAAGCGGCUGCCGCAUUUCCCACUCAUUAACUUCCUGUGCGUCAUUGCGCAUCUACCCAAGCUACAGUACAGCAAGGCAGUGGGCAUGGUGAGCAGGCGGGCGGGUGAUGGGCUGGACUGGCCACCCAUGGUGGUGGGGCUGCUCACAUUGCUCAAGCAGUUCCACUCGCGCAACACCGAGCAGUUCCUGGCACUGCUGGGCCAGUUAGUGCGCUCCUUACUGGAGCAGUGCACGACCAGCCAAAAAUCUCCAGAGAUGCCUUCGGAUGUGGUUGGAACCCUCGUGUUCCUAGAAGAUUUUGUGCACUACACACAGCUCACGAGACAGGUGAUUGAAGCCCACGUCCCGAGCUACAUCCUGGAUGAGUUCAGGCAUGUUGCCCAGUAGCGGUCGUGCCACUCAAGCGAGACGUUGUGCCAAGAUGUCACGUGUACGUGACGGUGGAUUAUUUGGCGAGCAGUCAAAACGUACGGUCUUCAUUACCUGUGCUGUUAUCAAGACGGCUGAUUGAAAUUUACGUCUUUGGAAAUAUUUUUUUGUUUCUUAUUUUUGAUUGGGCGUGUCACUCAUGCGUACGUGUCAUUGUGGGAACUUGGACGUGGGCAUAAUCCAGAGUGAUGACCUCUAUUAAGAGUUUUUGCCACUUGCGUACAACAAUGUAUUUUGUCUUGCCAUUUUUGAUCAAGACCAGAUACAUAUGAAGUUAUUUGUGUCUUAGAUAACUGUACCUCAUGCACAAAAUAAUUUGGGGGAAGACUCACACUGUAUUUCAAAUGUGCGGGGUGUCUUCUUUGGUACCAAAUCUUCAAAUCGAUAGGUGAAGCCCUGUAUUUAUGAAGUAGAACCAAUUGGAAUUCAUCAAAACAAUUUCUACAACGCGAGAGGGUGUAUCAUUAUGUAUGUUAUAUGUCAGUCACACGAUGCUAGAAUUCACAUUUUUGUAAAUUGAGUUAUAAUUCGAUUUACAAUUUUGAGUGGGGUGGAAGGAAUACUGAGUGUAAUUGAGAACAGGACAAACAGCACUUGCAUGAAAUGCCACAGUGCCACUAAGCACACAUUGGUGCACCUUGGCACACCCAAUUUAUCUUCAAUCUUCCUGCACAUAUUAAACCAUGGCUAAAAUGUACAGGGGUGUUGCCCAUCUUGUGAGUAACUGUGCAUUGAUUGGCCAAAAAUAGCAUCUGAUGUCACCUUUGAUGUCGAUUACAUAGUGACAGGAACAGCAGACCUGUGGCUGAUGAGACGUCUGGUUAAGAAUAGCCGCCCCACCCCUGGGUGGCAAGAGUUAAAAGAAAUAAUCCGGCACUGACUGAGAUCCUGAGUUGAAUUUGGGUCUGCCGUUCACGUUUAAACAAGGUUCUUAAGUUGAUUGAGAUAAUGCUUUCAGCCCAGUCACUAAUCUUCCAUUAUGGCAUGGGGUUGUCUCAGAGGUCGCAACCUGGGUACCCGAUACCGGUACCCUACCCGAUACCCGGCUACCCGUACCCGACCGGGUAUGGGUACGGGUACCCGUUUGCGACCCUGGUGUGGCCGGGUACGGGUAGACCGUGAAUCACUGGUGAGUAACUGUUUGUCACUCAUUUCCCAACGUCUUGUCUCUUCUCACAAUUCAAGUUCCUAGAAUCAACCCACCCGCGCCUGCAACAUGGCUUCAUCCCAGAGGUCGCAAUCGGGUACCCGAUACCCGUACCCUACCCGUACUUGGCCGAGUACGGGUAGGGUACAGGUACGGCCGGGUACGGGUACCCGUUUGCGACCCUGGUGCGGCCGGGUACGGGUAAGGAAUCAAAACCCGUUUGCGACCUCUGGGUUGUCUGCUUGGAUUUUCUCUCUCCAUGUUACCCUCUGUAUCCAUCUCCUCCCGCCCUGCUCCGGAACCUUCUGCCCUGACACUUUCCUCCGUUUGUCUUUGUGCAUACUUUCUCAGUUGCUUCCACCUCUGCAUUUUUUUAUAUUGUUCUGUUCCACGUCGCCUCCAUCUGGCAUUACUGUUUCCUUUCUCCUUGAAUAUAUCUCAUCUUCAGACCUGUUGAAAUUCUCUCCAUUUAGUUGUCAGAUUUUUAAAUUUCGAUUUAAAGCUUUCGUGACUGCAGGGAUUCAUCUUCUUGAUUCUUUCGGUAAAGUCACGUAGAAGGGCAAUAAUAAAAUAAUAAAAAUAAAACAUAAAAUACAAUUGUAUUUUAUAAUAAUAAAAUGAUUUCCCUUCUACGUGACUUUACCGAAAGAACCAAGAAGAUGUCAGAUUUUUAUUUUAUUUUUCCUUUCUGAAUUUCAUUUUCAUCUAUUACAGAGGAGGUAGUAUAAUUUACGGGAUCUCAGCAUUAGUUCUGUAACCUUUGCUUCUGCCGGGCAUUCUCUAAAAUGGUGGGGAGGCACUGCCUGGGAGUAUUCCAAAUGGAUUACUAUAAUGACAUGAAACUCAAAGCAUAAUUGAUACUUGUAUAUCUUUAUUGAUGUUAAAAAAGAAUAGCCCCACCCACAGUUCAAGGAACUGGCAGCUGAAAUGAUGCAGCAGUGAGGUCAUGUGUAUGAGUGUCCAGUUGGUCAUGAUGGUGCGUCAGUACAAAUUGUCUCACAUUACAAUACAGUUGAAUGACUUCACUGUAACGACCCACUCCACGCUGAGCGGCCGCAAAUAAUUUAUAAUCGAAUUAUCCUAAUGGUAAAUACGAAUUACUGUCGGCAUGUAUUUAAACUAUGUGAGAUAUGAAUUGUGAAUAUAUACAUGACAAACAUAAAGUGAACAUUGCCCGUGGACACACCGAAAGCAGCUUGCCAUCGUAACCAGCCUCUCGCACCGUUUAUAAUGUCAACUAAAGUCCCCUUUUACGUCCACAUCUACACGGUGCUGAUACUGACUCUUCAAAUCCAGCUUUUACUCGGGUAGAAAAUCUUUGAAGCGUUAAUUGCCUUAAGGAGGUUUAUCCAAGAGCUGACAAGUCACUCAUUUACAUUGGACUUUCUGUUUCAUCAGCUUAAGGGUUGUGGCAGAUGUCACUGAUACCACAAGCACUGCUCCUAUUGUCUGUUUGGAGCAAUAUUUUCACUUUUAAUUUUUUUCUGUUGAGCAAUUGUCUGUAAAUACAGUAUAUUACAAGUUAAUUUUAUUACUAAUUUCCUGUUGAUUAUUGCUUGAAUACUCUUGUGAAUUAGAUGUCAUCUUAACAAGAAUCCGAUACGUAUGUUGUCCAUGAAAGCUAAUGCUUUUAACAUAUUUGAUGAGUAGUAUAUAAUUUCGAAGUUUUAUAUGUCUAAGCCUACACACAAAAUAAAAUUACAUCUUUUCA